AUGGACUUGGAUCAGCUGUUCACGUGUACAGACUACCAAACAUCGCUAAUUCGAAUACCUUCUGCCACCAAUUCUCGCGAAGGAGCCGACGACGACACCCAGACGCUGUCCGAAGUAGAAACUUUGGUGACCCCCUCGGAUGCCCAGCCCUUCAUCGAGAUCGAGCUCUCGUAUUCGGCAGCGGCGAGUACGGAUUACGACUUGACGGGACAAGUCCUUUGGCCUGUCUCCGUCUUGCUGGGUCACUAUUUGGCCUCUACUUCGGGUAGUCACCGGAUUCGUGGUCGAUCUGUUGUAGAGCUAGGUGCCGGAACGGGGCUACCCGGCUUGGUGGCAGCCAAGACUGGCGCCGCCAAGGUUGCCGUUACGGACGGCAACCCUGUGGUACUGGAUCUCUUGUCGCAAAACGUGUCCACACUCCGACGCCCACACGAAUCAAGCUCGUGCGAACUCGCGGCGCAACAAUGUGUCUGGGGCGACCGAACGCAUUGUCAUCGCCUGCUACGGAAAAUGGACGACGUUGUGGAUGUCGUGGUCGCCGCCGAUGUCGUACAAUGGCCCGCCGUCGUCGAACCCUUGCUGCAUACCGUCAAAGCGUUCUUAUGGAAGUCGACCGCACCCGAACCGGUCAUGUUGCUGGGCAUUGUCAACCGCGCCGCGUCAACCUACGAAAUGUUUUUUUCACUGGCGGAAACGUUAGGCUUUUCUACUCGGUCUGUGCCCUACGAGGAAUUUCUUGCCAACGGUGCGCUGCCGAAAUCCUGUCGCGAGUUUGGAGGCCGCCAAACCGAAAUUGUGGAGGCGGUUUUGACGGAUCGCAGUGAGCUUCCAAUCCUUUUGCGGGAAGACAAUGCUAUCGAUUGUACGAUAGGCGCUACUUUCGAGAACACGACCUUUCUUCCUUGCUAA